AUGGGAUCUGUUUCAGAUGACCUUCAUCCCAAGCAGACAGUUGACAUUGUGGACAUCUAUGAGUCUAUCCGUGAAAGGCAGCGUCAUGACAGCGAAAGGUCUACCUGCAGCACCUUGGAGCAGAACGACAUUGAAGCUGUUGAAGCGCUUGUUUGUAUGAGCUCCUGGGGUCAAAGAUCGCAGAAAGGUGACAUAUUAAAGAUAAGGCCACUUACGCCCUUCUCGGAUUCUGGUGAUUUCACAAUGCACGCUGAGGCUACGUCUGAAUUACCAAAGGACUAUUUAUCUACGCUGUGCAUGACCCCUCCGCACAGCCCUGACUUUGUUGAGAUGUCUGCUGCUAUGCUCCUCUCCUCGCAAGUCACUUACUCCAAACCAAGGACUGUCAUGGCAAAUACAGCUGCCUGCUUGGUCACAUCAGCCACCAGCGCCUCUCCCAUAACCAAGCCAUCUGUUAUCAACAUGGAGCGACAGUGCAGUCAGAAGCCGGUGAUAUCUGAAUCCUUUGCCCCUCAGCCUUGCAGGGCCAUGGCAACUAGCGUGAUACGUCACACAGGUGAUAGCACUUCCAGAGACUGGUGUGGAGCAGAUGACCGAAGACAUUCCAGACUGCCACAGGACACGUGUGCCGCAGAUGAUUUAAUUAACAAAACCUCCCUGGUACAUCAGCCUUAUGCACCUGACUCCAAUGAUAUUGUGACCAAUAAAGGACAAGUACCAGUCCAACCUGUUUCGCCACAGACCCACUUACCAAAGAAUUGUGAGAAUGACUUGCAAAAAAGAGCUACCCCAGUGACACCUGCCCCCGUUUCAAGCCCCCAAGUUUUCUGUCAAAUGAUCCCUUUAAAUGGACAAAGCGGUAUGAUCAAUGCCUAUGUCAAACCUUCAACUCCAACAGUCUCAACUCCCAUGAAACCUAUUUUACCGCAGAGAGCCCCACUCUCUCAGCCUGUACUCAUGGGACCUUCUGUGCCUCAGGGGACCGUCAUGCUGGUUCUUCCACAGACUGCUGUCACACAGACACCACAGUGCCCACAAACAGUAAUGACUGUUGGGAACACCAAGUUACUGCCCCUUGCUCCUGCUCCUGUGUUCAUAGCUUCUGGUCAAAGCUGCGCUCCCCAGAUAGACUUUUCUAGACGGAGGAAUUAUGUUUGCAACUUUCCUGGGUGCAAGAAAACCUAUUUCAAAAGCUCCCACCUCAAAGCCCACCUUCGCACCCACACUGGAGAAAAGCCUUUCAGCUGCAACUGGGAAGGCUGUGACAAGAAGUUUGCCCGCUCAGAUGAACUGUCACGCCACCGCAGAACUCACACGGGAGAGAAGAAGUUCGCUUGUCCUGUGUGUGAGCGUCGCUUCAUGCGCAGCGAUCACUUGACGAAGCACACCCGCCGCCAUAUGACCACAAAGAAGAUCCCCAGCUGGCAGACGGAGGUUGGCAAACUCAACAGAAUUGCCACAGCAGAGAAACCGAAAAGCAGCAGUGCUCUGAGUAUGCUCAUCCCCAUGCCAUCGUCUGUCUGUCAGGGCUAGUAAGAGGAAGCUCUUUCUCUACAAACUUUCUGAAAAUCAGGAAGAGCUCCAAUGGCUACAACAGAACUUACAA